AUGCCGCGUAAUCCGUCGGUGAGGCUGUCGCGGUCGUCUUCGAGCUUGGGUGCGGGUGGAGGCCCAGGCAAGAAUAGUGAGGAUGAUGAGAUGGGUCUCUGGACUGCGGGAGGAUUGAUCGUCGCGGCAACGAUCGGGUGGUCCUCCUACGCACCCCACGUCGUGUUGGCGCACCGCCUGACCUACGCUACCUCCUCGAUCUCGCUUCCCUACCCGGCUUUCACGCAUCAGUUCCAUCUGCGCGCCCUGCACCACGAGGCCAAGCUCAUCGAUUCUCACGCCCGACGUCUCCGUCAGCCCCUGAACCUCCUCCACCCUGGCGUUCUGGCGCACACGGCGCAGGCGUGGGCACAGAGCGUGGUGGAGCUGGUCACCGCUGCUGUUUGUUCGCCCUCGUCUGACGCGUCCCAGCUUAGACGACUGGGAGCAAAGGCUCUGGGUCUGCUGUUGGGCUCGUUGGCCUCUUUCCCCUUCUUCAUCGCUCAGAACCGCCUCUUUGCUCAGUUGGCGGGCGAAGUCACCGUUCUGCCGCUCAAGUACACGGGCCUCGGACAGACACUCAGCAGCAUCAACUACGCCGACACCUUCCGCUACGCGUUCAUCCCGCACCUUCUGACCUCGGUGGUGUCCGACGCAAUCUAUUCCUACUACUCGCCCCGAGAAGAAACGAUAGCGAACUGGAUCUAUCGAAAGCUGCCUCCCUUCAAGUCCCGAAGCAAAAAGGUCAACAAGACCAAGCGCCUCAUUGCCUCGGCGGCGAGCAACAUCCUGUUCAGCGUGCUCGGCGACCUGGUGCUCAGCCCGUUGUAUGUGGUGAGCACGACCAUGGCCAUCCAGGGCAGCGGCCUCGAGGUCGCGUUGGGCACGCCGCGCUACUCCAGCGGCCUGCACUGCGCCGAGGAUAUCUUUGUGCGGCACGGACCACUCGCCUUCUGGCAGGGUUUGGUGCCGGUGCUGUACAGCGAGUUGGUGCCGCAGGCGAUGGCGACGACCUUCACGGCGCUCGUCUUCAACGCCUUCGCCUACCUGCGCGAGGAGUGA